CUAUGUCCUGUAUGGGUUUCCGUACUCUGUAGAUAGCUGCAUGCCGAAACGAAUGUUAGGGAGGUGUGCUGUGUAACAUGGGUCUGGCGCUCUUUCUGCUGUUCUCAUUCAUUAUAUCAGUAACCUAUUGUGCCAUAGAGUUGUCGGUUGUGCCGGAAGUCAUCAGGCUCGGUAAUGACGCAAAGCUAAUUAUCCGGUGUAAACUGAAUUUGGUCUUGUUAAAAAUCGACCGGGUGUAUUCUAUCAUGAUGAGAAGAAGAGAACAUUUGUUUGUUGUUACAUUUGCAAACACUUCUGAUAAUGUGUAUGGAAAAACUGUGAAAGAAGCCAAUGUAAUCUCAUCUCUCUCAACACCGGAAGCCUACGUACAGGUAACGUUGCCGACAGUCACGUGUGAUGACAGUGGCGAUUACUCCUGCAGUAUGGCCGUCAGACAAAAUCACAGAAGCAUGGUAUUGGGUCCAGUUAAAGAAUAUCUGAAGAUGACAGGUGAAUCUUGUCGGUUCAUCGACACAUUCAUCUACCCGAAGAAGCCUCACAAGACUGGGGACUUGGUCAGAAUAACAUGCUUCAUCCUGGUGCAAUAUGCAACAUCUGAUUGGCAAUGGUUCUUGGGCAAUGAUGCAACAUUGUACAAAUCGAAAGAAGAAGGAUGCCAGCUGGUUGCAGAUGGAGUAAUGAACUGCUCAAGUCUUCUGGAAUACAGCGUCAACAUAAGCUCAACCUUGACGUGCCAACUGGGCAAUGCUUCCAGAAGUGUCAUGAUUGAUGUUGAAGAUAAUGUCGCCGAAGCGCCAUGGAAAACUCAUAACGUGGAACAAAUACUUACUUUCACACAAGGUGAUCACGUCAAGCACAUCAGUUAUACGACGUAUAUGCUCGGGGGGCUCUGCUCUGUAAUGACCAUGGCGGCUGUACUGCUAACGCUGAAAACCAGAAGUACAUGCUAUAAACGACGCUGGUCCAGUGCUGAAAACCAGACCGACAAAGACGAGGAAGUACAACUUUCGCAAAGUCACAUUUCCGAUCUUCAUUCAUUCACCAAGGAGGAUUUUACAACAGAUAACUGUGAAAAAUGCCUUCUAACGUCUUCACAAAAGUGUGACAACAUUGUAUGACCUUUCAUACGUUCGCAUCGUCACAUAUACCAUCUUCAUUCACUCACCAAGAAGGAUUUUACGACAGAUAACUGUGAAAAAUGCCCUCUAACGUCUUCACAAAAGUGUGACAACAUUGUAUGACCUUUCAUACGUUCGCAUCGUCACAUAUACCAUCUUCAUUCAUCCACCAAGAAGGAUUUUACGACAGAUAACAAUGCAAAAAACCCUGCACAAAAUGUGACCACAAUUUAUAACUUUUGUUUGUUUCAACACACAAUAAAAUCUCAUCCAACCC